AUGCAUCGAGCAAAAGAGGAAGAAAAUGAAAGUUGGGAAUUGCUUCCAACUUUGGUGUGCUUUUCACAAGAGCUUGUCACUCUUUGUAUAGUGAUCUCUACUCCUGUUGGUUUUACUGUCAUUCUUAUUUAUGUUGGCGAUCUUCUAAUUGCUGGAAACAAUUUGAAUGACAUUGAAUCUAUUAAAUCUUCUUUGCAAUAUGUCUUUAGCAUUAAAGAUCUCGGUGUGUUGAAAUAUUUUCUUGGUUUUGAAAUAGCUCGCAAUACCAAUGGUAUUUCCUUAUGUCAAAGGAAGUACUCUUUGGAUCUCCUUGAAGAAACUGGGUUGCUUGGUUCAAAACCAUGUUCCACACCAAUGGAUGCUAAUUUAAAAUUGUCUAUUUCAACUAGCCAGCCUCUUUCUAAUGCCACUGUUUUUAGAAAAGUGAUUGGACAAUGUUAA